AGCCAGCGCUGUGCAGUACAGAGGGAGCCAGUGUUAUACAGAGGCAGCCAGUGUUAUACAGAGGCAGCCAGUGCAAGGCAACCAUUGGUCAGAGGAAGACAGUGCAGUGCUGUGCAGUGCUAUACAGAGGCAGCACUGUUCUGUGCUAUACAGAGGCAGGCAGCGCUGUACAGUGCUAUACAGAGGCAGGCAGUGCUGUUCAGUGCUAUACAGAGGCAGGAAGCACUGGUCGGUGCUAUACAGAGGCAGGCAGCGCUGUACAGUGCUAUACAGAGGCAGGCAGCACUGGUCUGUGUUAUACAGAGGCAGGCAGUGCUGUACAGAGGCAGCCAGGACAAGGCACCAGGGGAGCAGAGCCAAGAGAAGAACAGCCAGGACGCCGGGACUCAGCUCCUAAAAUAAGAGAGAAGGAGUUAAAGCCCAGGCAAGGAGGGGCUACAACUGAUUGGAGAUAACUUUCCUGAUACUGUUACUUGUUUUGGGGGUUCUGAGGUCAGGAGCCCCCUCACCCCCUCUUUACAUCUCUGGGGUUUGCUGGGAAGGAUAUGUCCUGGGACAUGUGAUUUUGGAGAGGAUUUGAGGUGAUCUGGAUCAUGAGGAUGUUGGGAGCUGGGAGCUAUCUGUGCCCUGGAUGGCUGAGCUUGCUGUGGGCACUGGGGGCACUCCAUGUGGCCUUCGGACAGUCAGUGUGCUCAGGGACAGAAAACAAACUGAGCUCUCUGUCAGACUUGGACCAGCAAUACAAAGCCCUGCGCAAGUACUACGAAAAUUGUGAGGUGGUGAUGGGGAACCUGGAGAUAACCAGCAUUGAACAUGGACGUAAUCUGAGCUUCCUUCGGUCUAUCAGGGAAGUCACUGGUUAUGUUCUUGUGGCUCUCAAUCAGUUUGACUAUCUCCCGUUGGAGAACCUGCGUAUCAUCCGUGGAACCAAACUGUAUGAAGAUCGCUAUGCGCUUUCCAUCUUCUUGAACUAUCGCAAGGAUGGCAACUAUGGCCUGAGGGAGCUUGGUCUACGUAAACUAACCGAGAUCCUGAAUGGAGGGGUUUACCUUGACCAGAACAAAUUCCUCUGCUAUGCCGAUACCGUACAUUGGCAAGACAUUGUGCGAACGUCUAAUGCUACCCUCUUACCAAUGACCAGCAACGCAGAUUGUGGGAGGUGCCACAAAUUAUGUAAUGGACGUUGCUGGGGCCCAUCGGAACGAAACUGCCAGAGGUUGACGAAGACUGUGUGUGCAGAGCAAUGUGAUGGCCGCUGCUAUGGGUCCUAUGUUAGUGACUGCUGCCACCGUGAAUGUGUUGGAGGCUGCACAGGACCAAAAGACACUGAUUGCUUUGCCUGCAUGAAGUUUAAUGACAGUGGCUCCUGUGUCACACAGUGCCCUCAACCCAAUAUAUAUAAUCCAACGGCUUUUCAGCUGGAGCAGAACCCCAAAGCCAAGUAUACGUAUGGAGCCUUCUGUGUCAACAGAUGCCCACAUAACUUUGUGGUAGAUGACAGUUCUUGUGUCCGAGUCUGUCCCAGCAAUAAGAUGGAAGUUGAAGAGAAUGGAAUCAAGAUGUGCAAGCCAUGUGCAGGAAUCUGCCCAAAAGUAUGUGAUGGAAUUGGUACGGGGUCCUUGAAGGCUGCACAGACUGUGGAUUCAAGUAACAUAGACAAGUUUAUAAACUGCACCAAGAUCAAUGGGAAUCUCCUCUUCCUGGUUACAGGCAUUGACGGGGAUCCGUACCACAACAUAGAUGCCCUGGAUCCACAGAAAUUAAAUAUUUUCCGAACGGUGCGAGAGAUCACAGGUUACCUAAAUAUCCAGUCAUGGCCCAAAAACAUGACGGACCUCAGCGUUUUUUCCAACUUGGUCAGUAUAGGAGGCAGAGUGCUGUACAGUGGUAUCUCCUUGCUAAUCCUGAAGCAGCAGAGCCUCACGUCACUCAAGCUCCAGUCCCUGAAAGAGAUCAGUGCUGGGAAUGUGUACAUCACAGAUAACCGCAACCUCUGCUUCUAUCACACCAUCAACUGGACGUCACUAUUUAGGACGCACAAUCAAAAGACCACUAUCCGGGAGAACAAGAAGACAGAAAACUGCACUGUUGAAGGCAUGGUCUGUGAUCCACUCUGUUCCAUCGCUGGCUGCUGGGGACCAGGACCUAAUCAGUGCCUGUCUUGUCAAUACUUCAGCCGGGGGAAGUCCUGUGUCAAGUCCUGUAAUCUUUAUCAAGGUGAGACCCGCGAAUUUGCAAAUGGUUCGGUCUGCCUGAUAUGUGACCCUCAGUGUGAGAAGAUGGAGGAAGGUACCAUCACAUGUUACGGACCGGGGCCAGACCACUGUACUAAAUGUUCCAACUAUAAAGAUGGACCCAACUGUGUGGAAAAAUGCCCAGAAGGUGUUCAAGGGACAAACGGAUUUAUCUUUAAAUAUGCAGAUGAGGAUCGAGAAUGCCACCCAUGCCACCCUAACUGCACUGAUGGGUGUAGAGGAUCACGUAUCAAAGACUGCAUUGGAAUCAUAGAUCGAACUCCACUCAUCGCAGCCAGUGUCAUUGGUGGACUGUUCAUCAUAGUUAUUAUGGGACUGACCUGUGCAGUGUAUGCUCGACGUAAAAGUAUCAAGAAAAAGAGAGCUUUGCGCAGAUUCCUGGAGACAGAGUUGGUGGAACCAUUGACCCCAAGUGGAACAGCUCCAAACCAAGCACAGCUGAGAAUAUUGAAGGAGACAGAGUUAAAGAGGGUGAAAAUCCUGGGGUCGGGUGCAUUUGGGACAGUUUAUAAGGGUAUUUGGGUCCCUGAGGGUGAGACAGUGAAGAUACCAGUGGCCAUCAAGAUUCUGAAUGAGACAACAGGACCAAAAGCCAAUGCGGAGUUCAUGGAUGAAGCCCUUAUUAUGGCUAGUAUGGAUCAUCCACACCUGGUCCGUUUGCUGGGUGUCUGCCUUAGUCCUACCAUUCAGCUCGUCACUCAACUGAUGCCCCACGGCUGCCUUCUGGACUACGUCCAUGAGCAUAAGGACAACAUUGGCUCCCAACUCCUCCUCAACUGGUGUGUCCAGAUAGCAAAGGGCAUGAUGUAUCUUGAAGAACGUCGCCUGGUUCAUAGAGACCUUGCUGCCCGAAAUGUAUUGGUCAAGUCACCCAACCAUGUGAAGAUCACAGACUUUGGACUGGCCCGACUCCUAGAGGGAGAUGAGAAGGAAUAUAAUGCUGAUGGAGGCAAGAUGCCAGUUAAGUGGAUGGCCUUGGAGUGUAUUCACUACAGGAAAUUUACUCAUCAAAGUGAUGUCUGGAGCUAUGGAGUUACUAUAUGGGAACUGAUGACCUUUGGUGGAAAGCCCUAUGACGGAAUUCCAACCCGGGAAAUCCCUGACCUUCUGGAGAAAGGAGAAAGGCUUCCCCAGCCUCCCGUGUGCACCAUCGAUGUCUACAUGGUUAUGGUGAAGUGCUGGAUGAUUGAUGCUGACAGUCGUCCCAAGUUUAAAGAACUGGCUGCAGAAUUCUCCAGGAUGGCAAGAGACCCUCAGAGAUACCUAGUCAUCCAGGGAGAUGAUCGAAUGAAACUUCCCAGUCCCAGUGACAGCAAGUUCUUUCAAAACCUCCUGGAUGAGGAGGACUUAGAAGACAUGAUGGAUGCAGAAGAAUAUCUUGUCCCCCAAGCAUUCAACAUCCCACCGCCGAUCUAUACUUCUAGGGCGCGCAUUGACUCCAACAGGAGUGAAAUUGGACACAGCCCUCCUCCUGCCUACACCCCUAUGUCAGGAAACCAAUUUAUGUAUCGAGAUGGUGGCUACACUACUCAAGAAUCAAUGACUUUGCCAUACAGACCAUCUGCCUGUCCCAUACCAGAAGUACCCACAGUCCAAGGGGCUACUGCAGAGGUUUUUGAGGAGAUCUGCUGCAAUGGAACACUCCGGAAACAGGUCCCGGAGCGAGUUCCAGAAGAGAGUAGCCUGCAGAGAUACAGUGCGGAUCCCACAGUGUUUGUUCCAGACCGGAAUCCUCGAGUAGGCGUGAGUGAAGAUGGCUACAUGACUCCUAUGAAGGAGAAGCAAAAAACAGAUUACUUAAACCCUGUAGAAGAAAAUCCUUUCGUCUCUCGAAGGAAGAAUGGUGACCUCCAACCUCUGGAUAACCCAGAGUAUCAUAAUGGCUCCAGCGGGCAACCUAAAUCAGAGGAUGAGUAUGUGAAUGAGCAUCGGUACCUGAACUCAUUUGCCAAGACCAUGGAAAAUGCAGAAUAUCUGAAAAACAAUGGACUUACUGUGCCAGAAAAAGCCAAGAAGGCAUUUGACAACCCAGAAUACUGGAACCAUAGCCUUCCACCCAGGAGCACCAUCCAACAUCCAGAUUACCUGCACGAGUACAGCACAAAAUAUUUUUAUAAACAAAAUGGACGCAUUAGGCCAGUAGCGGCAGAAAACCCAGAGUAUCUGACGGAGUUUACUCUGAAACCAGGCACCGUGCUGCCCCCUCCUCCCUACAGGCACCGGAACACUGUGGUGUAGUGACAUUCAGUAUUAUGGGAAUAGGGGGAAACUCUUUAAAAUUCCGUUGGAUUCCUUGAACCCACCCUUCUUUUUAGCCACCUCACUUCCUCGGGUGUGCUUUCUCUCCAUAUCAGAUCACACCAUUAGCAGGUGAAAGGAUGCUCUAGGUUUUUUCCGUUCUUAUAUUUCAGGAGAGUACAGCACAAAAUGAAGGUAUCUGAGAGAAAUAUUGCUCUUUGUGGUCAAGAGUGAAGAUGUAUCGUCAGAAAAAGGCAUCAGUAGAAUCCAUGGGAGAACAGUAAUGGCAGUAAAUCACCAAAAUUGGAUGAAAUCACCAUUUCGAUAGAAUGUGCCACUCUAUUUAAUGUGUUUGGGGGGUUUCAGCUCCAAUCAAUAUCAAGAAUUUUAAAUACCUUUUUAGCCCAAUUCAGGAAGGCCAGAAGAAACCUUACUUCCCUCCAAUCUUAAUAUGGAAAAUGUCUUCCGCUGGCCAGCAUUGUCAUUAAGUCGCUCAAUGCUUAUUUUUUAUUAUUUAAUAGGUUUUUUUUUGACCAUUCAUUACCAUCCUAUCAUUUUGUUAUCAGUGACAAUAAUUCUACUUUAAAUGAAAAUGAUUAGAGUUGACACUAUAGCGAAGAACUCUCUAAAUGAACAUGAAAGGUGAUUGUGUCUCGAUUUCCGCUCUACAUGCACAAACCAUUAAAGUGUGUCACAUGUCUCAAACCUUCUGGUACUCAGUUGGCUAACAUCUUGAUGAAAUAAGUUUUCUUAUUCCAGGGGCUUUGCAUUGAGAAGACAAAAAUAUACUGCAAAAAGGAAAGAAAAUUUACAUCAAUAUACUUUUUUUCCAGCAAAAGGCUAUCAUUGCAUCUUUAUCAGUUUAGUUUCGGCCUGAAAGAUC